CUUAAUGGUCUUAAUGGUCUGCAGGCCUCCACACCUUGUUUAUUGACAUGGAUGAUGUGAAUGGAGACUUUACGUGUGGAGCAGGCGGGGUGACGUUUAAUCAGAUUACAGCUGUGUGCGGGUGUGUGUGUGCCUGCGCACGCGUGUGUGUGUGCGUAAAAGAGAGAGAGAGAGUAAGGGGCAGAGAUGGAGGGAGGGGUAUGCAGGCAAACCCACAAACCCGGGAGGGGGUAGGUAGAGUGGCCCGACAGAGAUGCUCACACACACACUCAUAGAGAGAGAGAGAGAGAGAGAGAGAGAGAGAGGGUUGCAGACUUGGCAGACAGUCAGAGCGUGCAGAGAAGUUUGGGGUUUUAAGACUGGAUCGUGCAACUCGACGCUCAUUCACACCAGACUCAUCUUCACCAACCAAACAACAAAAGCCAAAAAACAUUUUUAAGCUUCAGGUGCGUUAACGCUGCGCGGACCUGUUGCUUAAAAAAAACUUUUGGAUAAACUUGCGCAAACUUUACCAAAAAAAAAAAAAAAGAUGUAGAGAGAAAGAGGUGGAGGAGUUAAAGCAGCCUGACCGGCCAGCGAGAGGAUGAUGUGACCGUGCGUAAACUCCAAUGAUCACCUCUCUUCUCUCUCUCUCUCUUCUCCCCAAACACACGUGAAAACGGCAGCGAGCGCGUCCAUGUCCAGGCUCAGGCCAACAACAUGACUCUGUCCGGCGGUUUGUCGGAUACUUGUCAGCUCAUUUUACGCGACCGCAUGGAGCCGGAGCUGUGGAAAUAAGACUUCAUCCAUGCGUUCUCGGGGAAUAGUUGGUGCAACACGUUGUUGAGGCGAACACGAGCUACCGUGCACACUUUUUUUUUUUUUUUUUUGGGGAGAGAGCUACGAUGCGGGGCACUCUGGGCGCAUUCAUUCAGUCCUGUGUGAUACUCCUGGUCCGCGCAGAUCAGUGGAGGCUGAAGGACUCCGCCAACUGUGAGCUUAACAGGAAACAAACUGACCUAAACUCCUUCCUGUGGACGAUCAAACGGGACCCUCCCUCAUAUUUCUAUGGUACAAUCCACGUUCCCUACACUCGGGUUUGGGACUUCAUCCCUGAAAACUCCAAGCAGGCCUUCCAGGAGAGCAACAUUGUCUACUUUGAGCUGGACCUGACGGACCCUUACACCAUCUCAGCCCUGACCAGCUGCCAGCUGCUUCCUCAGGGCGAGAACCUGCAGGAUGUCCUACCAAGGGACAUCUAUCGGAGACUUAAAAGACACCUCGAGUACGUGAAGCUCAUGAUGCCUUCAUGGAUGACCCCGGAUCAGAGAGGGAAGGGACUCUAUGCGGACUACCUCUUCAACGCCAUCGCUGGGAACUGGGAGAGGAAGCGUCCCGUUUGGGUGAUGCUGAUGGUGAAUUCAUUAACUGAGGCAGAUAUUAAGACAAGAGGGGUGCCGGUGCUGGACUUGUACCUGGCCCAGGAGGCGGAGAGGAUGAGGAAGAGGACUGGGGCUGUUGAGAAGGUGGAGGAACAGUGCCAUCCACUCAACGGGCUCAACUUCUCCCAGGUGAUCUUUGCCCUGAACCAGACGUUAUUACAGCAGGAGUCUUUAAGGGCAGGAAGCCUACAGGUCCCAUACACCACCGAAGACCUCAUCAGGCACUACAACUGUGGGGAUCUAAACUCCAUCAUCUUCAAUCAUGACACCUCACAGGUCCCUAACUUCAAUAACGUGACACUGCCACCCAGCGAGCAGGUGACCGCCCAGGAAAUAGACAGCUACUUUCGACAGGAGCUCAUCUACAAGAGGAAUGAGAGGAUGGGGAAGAGGGUCAAAGCGCUGCUAGAGGAAAACCCCGACAAGAGCUUCUUCUUCGCGUUUGGAGCAGGUCACUUUCUUGGCAACAAUACAGUCAUUGAUGUGCUCCGUCGUCAGGGAUACGAGGUGGAGCACACCCCUGCUGGGCAGCCCAUAAACAGGAGGUCAUCAUCUGCCUCGCCAGAGUCAGAAGACCAUCAUGAUGAGUCCCCUCUCCUGGAGCCUUUCCUCCACGAACUCCCCAACAAAGAGGAGGAUCAGGGGCGUCCCCUGGACGAUGAUCUGUUGCCCCACAUGCUUCUGCCAGCGGAUAGCCUGGAGCUGCUGGAGAAAGCGGAGAGGAAAAUGCUGAAGAAAAAGAGGAGGAAUAAGCAGAAGAAACAGCGGCACCGGCAUUUUAACGACCUCUGGGUUCGCAUCGAGGAGAGCACUAUGGUCCAGUCACCGCCUCCCCCGCUGGUUCGCAUCAUCAAUGGUUACAUCACAGUGCAGCCACCUGACAGAGUCCACAACCACCACAACUACCAUCACAUAUCUUCAGCACCGUCCACCUCCUCAUCCUCGUCAUCUCUAAUCAUCUUCCUCUGCACGUUGCUCACAGCGCAGAUGUGGACCGUGUUCCUUUAGGCGAGCAUUAACCGGGACUCAAUAAAAACAGUCGGCCCUCUUCACAGAGUAUGAGUUCUCAUGUACGAGGGUUUCAUGUAUCAGCUCAUGCAAAGUGAGGUCCAAACAUGUAUCAUUAUACCUCGAGGAGGCUGCAACGUGUGGGGUGACUCUCAGAGACUGUGCACAAAAAUAAAGCAUGGUGAAAGGAUGUGUGAAAUCAGCUCUGGCUGUCAGGUAACGCUACACUCCAUGGAUGUCACGUUAGAUAAAGUUUGUGUUGUUGGGACUGAAUGGUAAAUCAUGUCAAUAGAGCAUGUCUCUUACCAAUUGAGGUCUUGAUGAGCAUGUAAGUCCAUUUAACUUUAGGUUUCUUGGAACACUUCAUAAGGUUUCUAUUAUUUUACACACACACACACAGAAGGAGAGAGUGCACAGCAGAAAAGAAAACAGGAAAUAUUACGGGACAUGUCAUUGACAGUCAGUUCCCUCAUGGAUUAUAGUGUUUCAGCACAAGACACUCAUCAUUCAACAUUCAAACCUCUGAGAAUACGAUCUCGCUGAAGUGGCUGUUUGGUGAAUGAACACAAGAACAUUGUUGAAACUAUUGCUGAAUAUCAAAUACCUUUAAUAAGUACAACUGGAACCAGAUGUCCUUUGUCUGUGUGUGUGUGCGUGUGUGUGCGUGCAUGUGUGUGUGUGUGU